GUUGCGUACUUUUCCCACCACUGGUAGUAUACAGGGAACAGGUUUCCAUCUGGGAGCCACGCUCCGUCUCCGCGGGGUGAUUCUCACCGUCGGAUGAAUCCAUUGUCUACAGCCGUUGAGCUGAGUGGGUUUUUCUCAAAGACAUCUGAGGUCAACUGCUAAUUUCUCUCUUUUUAUCCUCAGUCGAUAUACGAAACAAAUGUCAGGAACCAAGGGAAUUAAAACAAGAUUUGACGAUUUCAACCAACUCAAUGUCAUUAUUAUGUAUCCUAUAAAGUAACCAUCUGUAUUAUUUUGAGGUUUAAUUGAAGUUUUGUGGGUAAGCUGUAGACUUGAAUGUGCUGUGAAGCUUGUAGGCUAGUUGUCUAACUGGCUCGGUGCGAGGUUGUUUACAUUUAGACAGGGGUGCGCAGCGUCGAGAGCAGUUGACAGGUUCACUGUCGCCGAAGUUGGUGUUCUUCUGACGACCGGGAAAGGACCACUCCGAAAAAUAUUUGAUUCGGUGUUUUUUAAAAGAGAAUUUGGUUAUUUUCCCUUUUACCUUUGAAUAACGUGUGAAAUGUAGCUGGAAUGAACCGGAGAGAUUAAUCCUGGAACCAAAGGGAGACGGAGAGAGAGAGAGAGAGAGGGAUAUUUCACCAGUGGUUUGGUAAGCACUUCUCCCGAACAUGAAGGAGAAAAGUCGGGAUCAGAGCUUUUCUGACUCCCGGGAACUAGACGGGUCUUAUGAUCCGCUCACCGGUAACCCAGCAUCCAACCACAGCAAGCGAACUAUAAAACAGAGGUUCCUCAAGCUGCUGCCCUGCUGUCGCUCCAGAACCGCCCCCUCACUCAGUCAAAACAGUGUAGUGGAGGAUGGAGAGUUAUCUACAGUGUGUUAUAGACCAGAGGGGUUGGACCAGCUACUACAACAGACUAAGUUCACCAGGAGAGAACUACAGAUCCUCUACAGGGGCUUCAAGAAUGAAUGCCCUAGUGGUGUGGUGGAUGAAGAGACAUUCAAGUUAAUCUACUCCCAGUUCUUUCCUCAGGGAGACUCCAGCACCUACGCUCAUUUUCUGUUCGAAGCGUUUGACACCCACAAGAAUGGAACGGUGAGCUUCGAAGACUUCGUCACAGGCCUGUCAAUCAUCCUGAGAGGCUCUGUCACAGAGAAACUCAACUGGGCUUUUAACCUCUACGACCUCAACAAAGAUGGCUUCAUCACCAAAGAGGAGAUGACUGAUAUAAUGAGCUCUAUCUAUGACAUGAUGGGAACGUGUACGUACCCCUGUAUGCAGAACGACGCCCCCAAGGAGCACGUCGACAACUUCUUCCAGAAAAUGGACAAGAACAAAGAUGGCGUGGUCACCAUUGAGGAGUUUCUGGAGUCUUGUCAAAAGGAUGAGAACAUCAUGCAGUCCAUGCAUCUGUUUGACAACGUCAUUUAGUGAUACUUCCUGUGGGUGUGGCCUAAAGGACAGGGUGCCCAUAUUUAGCCUCACAGCCUCCACCCCUAGCUCCCCUCUAUCCCCAAACACAGACUCAUUAGGGAUGUCAGGUGGGUAAACAGUACCCCUCCAUGGAUCUCCACUCUCCUCCUACCUGGGAAGGUCAGACAACAGUUAGGUGGGCAAUAGGUACACCUCCAUGGGUCUCCACUCUCUCAUCCACCUCUAGCCCAUCUCUGCCCCCCAAAAGAGACUCCCCUACCUGGGAAGGUCAGACAACAGUUAGGGGCUCAAA